GAUAUUUUAUAUCAUCAAAAAAUACUAUUUAAGAAACCUUAAAAUUCAGAUAACUUUAACAAAUUUACUGCAGUACCGCAGUUAAAAUUUGAUUCUCCAAACAUGAGGAUCCUCACUUUUAUAAUAUUUUUAUGCAGUACGAUAUAUAAUAUAAGCUGUUUCAAUUAUAAAGGUGGGCUGUUAUGGAAAGCAGAAGAAGUUGAUUUCAUUUCUACCCAAUGUCAAGAAAGUAUCAAGUUGUUUAAGGAAAACCUAUGUACUAAUGGACAAGAUGAUAUUUGGGCUCUUCAAAUGUUGGAUGCUAGUUCCAAAAUUCCUAUUGGGAUUUUAUCGUACAAUUUUGGGGAACUGGGAAAUUUUAAUCAGUGCCUAAAAAUAAAAUCCAAAAAUUAUGUCAUUAUGGGAAAGUAUUGUUUGGGAAAUAUCGCAGUUAACACAUCAGCUAUAGAUGAGGACUCUAUAUACAUUAAAAGUCAUAUGUACAUGAAAACUGUAUUAACAAAAAUAACCGUUGGUAUUAAACUGAACGGAAAUCCUACGAUGGCCAUUUGUAUACCCAGUAACUGUACGGACGAUGACGCUAAAAAGUUAAUGAGCAGUCCAGAAUUGGGCGUCAGUGUACAGUCUGUUAUUUGCCAGACCAUAGAAAAUGUUUAUCCUGAAUUGACAAAGGAAGCAAUCGUUGCAAUAUCAGUUCUUUCCACACUGAUACUAAUAGUUAUUUUAUCUACGGCUUGUGAUUUGCUUUAUUCAAACAAAAUUGAAAAUUUACAUCCAAUUCUUCUGGCAUUUUCGUUGUACGCAAAUGGAAAAAAAUUAUUUAAAAUUCCUCGCCGUUCUUCAAAUUUGAGUUCUCUUGAUGGUUUAAGAGUAAUGAGCAUGGUUUGGAUUGUAAUGCUCCAUAGUCACAGCGUAUAUACGUCAGGUCCUGUUUCUAAUGCAAAGGAUAUUGUAAAUUUUACUAAUUCUUUUAUGAGUAUGAUUUUUAUUAAUGGAGAUUUGGCAUGUGACACAUUUUUAAUAAUUGGUGGAACACUAAUAACAUUUGUGUAUUUCAAACGUCAAAAUAUACACAAAGGUAAUUAUAAAAUGUCGGUUUCUGUUGUUUUGAAACAUUAUCUGCAUAGAUAUCUUAGAUUAACACCGCCUCUGGCUGGUGUAGUAUUCGUAUCAGCAACCUUACUCAGAUAUAUGGGAUCAGGACCAAAAUGGCCAUACAUAGUUAAUAAUUUUGAAGAAAAUUGUAAGGUCUAUUGGUGGUCAGCCUUAUUGUAUAUCCAAAAUAUAUUUAAUGUGGAUCGCAUGUGUGUUGGUCACUCUUGGUACCUAAACGUAGAUAUGCAGUUGUAUUUCUUCUCACCUUUGAUACUCUGGUUACUCAAAGAAAGAACUAAAACAGGUAUUGGUAUUUUGAUUUUUACCAGUCUGCUAUCAAUGUCUGUCUCAUUUAUCAGAGGUUAUGUAGAAGAGCUGUCAGGAGUACGUUCUACGUAUUAUUCAAAGUCUUCCUCUGAUGUAUAUAUGAAUACCUAUUAUUUGAAAACUGAAACUAGGGCUACGCCUUGGUUAAUGGGAAUUAUAUUAGGUUAUAUUUUAUCCGGAAAGAAAUAUACAGAAAUUCGCUUAUCUAAGAAAAUAAUUUUUCCUGUAUGGUUUUUAAGUCUAGGCGUAAUGUUGACGUGUGUGUUUGGUGGGCACAAUACUUUAAGACGUCCAGAGUAUUUUAGACUCCAAAAUGCUUUUUACUUAGCUAUGGUUAGGCCUUCUUUUGCUCUAUCAGUCGCUUGGGUAAUAUGGGCGUGUUCCACAAACCAUGGAGGUGUAAUAAAUAAAUUGCUUUCAUUACCAAUUUUCCAAUUUUUAAACAAAUUUAUCUAUAGUAUGUAUUUACUACAUGUGACUAUAUUAUAUAUGAUUGUUUUUGCCAGCAAGGGACCCAUGUAUUUCUCAGUUUUCUAUCUGUCUUAUUGGUUUUGGGGUAUUUUCAUGUUAUCCUUUGGAUUGUCGAUAAUAUGGGUCCUCGUUUUUGAAAGUCCCAUGAUGGCAAUAGAAAAAAUAAUAUUUUCCAGUUAGGAAAUGGACGAAACUAAGCUGCUAUGCUAUAAAAAGGCAAAUUAAUACCGAACUACGUCGGAAUACGAAGAGGAGAAAUCGAAAAUAAAACUACUUAUAUGUAAUUCAAUAGUUAAAAAAUUCUGUUUCUAAUUUUAGGUAAAAAGAUUUUAACAAAAUUGUAAUAAUUGAUGAAAAAACAUAUCAAAUAAUCACAAAUAAUAACAAGUAAUAUAUUUAUUUCAAUUAUAUACAAGCUACCAAAUAUACUUAAGCAUUUUCUUUGUUAGAACUAUUCCCAUUUUCAGGUUUGGUCAAAGCUAUUUCUUCGACAUUUUGUACAGUAUGGUUUUUUCCAAAACACUUCUUAAAUUCUUCCCCAAAUGUUUUACCAAAAGGCGAUUUAAUUCUUUUGCUCAAUCUAAAUGCGUAAAUUGUAAAUUCGAAGAUAGAUAAAACUAAAGCAACUCCGGUUCCCAAAAAUGUAAUAAAGAGUAAUCCUUCGAUAUGGAAUGCUGUUUUGUCUUCUAUAAUUAAAGCAUCUUCAUC